AUGGCUCGUGGACUCCGUCGUGCGCUGUCGCGGUCCUCCUCUCGAUCGACGUCGUGCUCCCCCCCUCGAUCGAAGUCAUCACGUCAGUCACCUCCGUCGACAACCAUGCCAUCGACCGGUGCGGCAUUGGGCGAUAGUCCGGAGUUGCUGCAGCCAGUGUCGGCCGCCUUUGAGAACAUCCGGCAGGCCAUGUUCAAGGAGCUGGCCAGGGAUCCGGCUCCAGACGUCACGGCAGAGCAGCUGAAGGCCACGACGUCUUGGCUGAAGUCCAUCGUCAAUGCCAUGGUUGAACACAACGAAAGCUUCUCGCGCCUGGGUCUCACCACCCUGAGCGACAAUGAGCUCCAUCGCAACCAGGAGAUUGCUCGGGAGGCUUCGCGCCAGCUGACAGUGCUGCUGGCCGAAAGCACGAAGCAGUUCGACAGGAACCACCUGCAGCUGGUAAAGGUCGGCCCGGAGGGACUUUGCCAGGAGUUCCGGGCCAAUCUGGCAACCUUCAGCAAUUUUCUGUCCCAGUUUUGGGACACCAAGUGGCUUGGUGGACUGGUGCCGCCAGAAUUCGCGCAGCAAAAAGACCUGGCGGUGAAACUUAUGAGCGACUUGCAGAAGCAGAGGAACCGAUGCCGGUUCUGUCACCUGGACUAUGUCGGAAACCUGUGCAUGAAAUGCGACAGGUGCUCCUGCGGCUACAUGCGCAACCAGGCCCAGGCCAGAAGGUGCGGCCAUUUCAGCGGCACUCCCAACGCCAGAUGCAACUUCUGCGGCGAGUAUACGGCCCAAGCCGGGACCUUCUGUACAAGCUGCGGAACGUGUCCGCACGGCCAGCAAAUCGGUAAGAAGCGGCGGGGUGUGCAUCAGUGCGGCUGCCAGGAAUUCGCCACCAAUGCCACAGCGCAGACUUUGAAGACAACCCUGGUCUCCGAUGCAAUCAAGCUCGACCAGGAGGCCCCGAGCUGCAAGCAGCUGAAUGACCUCGCCACGAUGGCAGAUGCCCUAGCCAGGCUUUGCCGCACAGACGCCAAGGCCAUGCAGGCUGCUGAGAAAAAGUUCAAACAGAAGAUGGAACUGCUGAAGGAGUUCGCCGAAGCCAUCAACGAGGUGCCAAAGGUUCUACGCCGCUUUCUCCUCUUCCGCUGCGGAAGCAUCAAGGAGGACCCGGCAUCGCUGAAAGAAUGGCUGAGCAAGGCUGAGGUGGAAGACGUCCACCGGCAGCUUGAGGAGUUUCGCGACGAAGCUUCCGAGGAGAAGAUCGCCCGCCGGUUUGGGAAGUCUCGCACCGUCUCGGAAGGCUCCUGGUCCAUGGCGACCUCGCCGCAGGCUGUCCGCGGGUGA